ACAAAGGGGCAUUCCUACCCAUCCCCUUCCUCACUAGUUCGGCCAGCAGCAAGGGAAAGGAGGAAAGAACCUCUACAACUUCAUCUCCAUAGCCCCAAAUCCGAACUCAAGCUCAAGGGAGUCCAAGAAGAAAGUUUAAGAAGGAAAAAGCUAGGAAAAAGUGUGAAAAUUAAGGAACUUGAUUUAAAGUAUUUUUGAGCUUUUCCGGAGUUUCGUCGGAGUUGGUCAAAGUUCGCCGGAGUUGGUCAAAGUUCGCCGGAAUUAGUCAAAGUUCAAUCGAGGAGCAUAGAACGCGCUUAAGCUUAAUUAAGGUGUCCUAGUGAAAAUGAUGAAUGUUAGAGGCCUUGCAGACUUGAAGAAGAAGAAACCCUCCAAGGGCCCGAGGGGGACGGACACCGGUGUCCCAAAACCCGCCGGUGACUUCUUCAAAAAACCGGAGGGGCCGUCGGUGGGCCCAAGCACUGAUGCUGCUGCUGCCGCCAAAAGGAAGGGCUCGGGCAGAGAUCCCGAGGGCAAGAAGCCCAAGACCGGGGAUGCCGGGAAGAAAUCCCCCCCGGUGAUCAUUGUUGAUGAAGGCCCUGCCCCCGGGGCAGAUGAGGACAUGCAGGUGGCGAAGGUGCCGCCGGGAGUUCAGGGGCCAUCUUCCGAGGUCCUCAUGGUUUCCCUCCCGGCUGGUACGGCCGUGAUGAACGGUACGGCCGACCCGAGGGCGCUUCUGAGAGGCAUUACCCUCGAGAUUGACAGGGUUGCCCUCGGGGCUGAUGAAGACGAAGCCCUCGAGGACAGGAUCCUCCGGUCCUCCCUCACAACCUGCAUUGCCCUCGGGGAGCAAGCCCGGCGGCUAGAGGAGUGGCGCCUUUGCAAGGCCGAGCAGGAGGCCAAGAUGCGGGAGCUCAUCCGCCAGAAUGCAGACGCUGUUCGGCAGAUGGCCAUGCUGGAGGAGAGCCUUCGGCAGAUGACCCUGCGGGCGGAGGCCGCGGAUCGGAGUAGGGUAGAAGCCGAGAGGUCCGCAGCUGAGGCCUUGGAGAAAGCUGCCAAGGAAGCCGAGGCCGCGAAGGUUGAAGCCGUCGAGAGAGCCCGGGAGGACGCAAUCUCGGGGUUCUUGGCAGGGGGAUGGCGGUCCGAGGAGCACAAGCAAUGGCUGUCCUCGGUCGUCGAGUCCUCGGUCGACGAGUGGUGUGAUGGGCCUGGCGUGGAGUGGGUUUCCCGAAAGGGUAAACAAUACUACGAUGGGGGCGAGUUUUUCACUCAAGCCCUCAUCUAUCGGAGGAUGGCUCGCCACUUGAAGAUCGAGCCAAAGGACUUUGACCCGGCAGCAUACGGGCUCCCCCCUGCAGCCAGACAUCCGCGUUCCUCUUCCCCCCGAUGUCGAGAGGCCAGACCUAGAGGACUCUGAGCUCAUGAAGGAAGCCGAGGGCGACGAACCUGAGGCCGACGCAGAAGUGACCUCGAAGCCAUCGGGGGAGGCGGCCCCCGGGAGUAACAUGAUUUGAUAUGUACUUUUUAUCAUGUAAACAUAUACUUGUAAUGAUGACAUUAUUCAUCCCUCGGCUUCGGCCUGCUUGUAAUUUCACACUUACUCUUGUUUUUUAUGAAAUGCAUGCUGCCUCCGGACUUUUC